AUGGACGAAAACGUUGAUUCAAUCAUCAUCGAUGAAACAAAAAAGAAUGAACCUGAUAAAAAAGCUUGUAACGAAGAGGUUAAUUUGAAAGAACAUGAAACAUCAUUGGAUCAAGUUUCAGAAGUGGAAAACGUUGAAAAGAUUGAAGAAACGCAAGUAACAAAAGUUAUGGAUAAAUUAGAACUUUCAAACACCGUUACAAACUUGUUUAAUCUAUCUGAAGACUUCGAAGAUGCAAAUGCUAAGACAUUUGAUACAUUUGAUAAUGAAUCUGAUGAUAUUAUGUCAGACCAAGAUAUUGAAGAAAAAGAGAAUUUACGCACAGAUCUUACUGUAGGAUUGCCAGAGAUUUCUCCUAUUCCAUCUGGUUCAAGGACACGUUCUGGUAGAUGCAUUAAAAAACGUCUAUCGACGCAGAUCGAAGACGAAUCAAGUGAAGAAUCUGUUGAUGAAGAUGAAUAUCAUCCAAAUGGUAAAGAAGAUCAAGAUUCUGAAUCAAGCAGUGACGAAGAUGUAGAACAAGUAUCAAAUAGAAAAGGCCAAGAUGAUACACCUACGGAAAAUACCAGUGGAAAUCUUCAAGCGAGCACUAGUAAUGAAAGAUGCCUAACUAUGAAUCAAAUCGUUCCGUAUUCAUCGGAAGGUGGUAAAUGGUACCAAAAGAAGAAUUUUUGUUAUUAUUGCCAUACUAUGCAAACAAGAAUUGAUAUUCAUUUAAAAAAUGCACACUUGGACAAACCAGAAGUUUUACAGGCGUCAUUAAUGAAACCCAAGUCUAAAGAAAGACGUAAUGCGCUUGGUGCAAUUCGUUUGAAAGGUAAUGAUUUUUACAAUAAAAAUAAAACUUUCAACCCAGAAGGAAAAAUCAUAGCUUCUCGAAGGCAAAGAGUGAGUAAAAAUGGUACUCCCUUGAAACCUAAAACUACAAAAAAUAAAGCUUUCCCAAUCAAAAUGAUGUGUCCAUACUGCGAUAUUUAUCCUGCGUAUAAAAAUUUGCAAAACCAUGUAAGGAACACCCACGGCGUAUCACAUUUUUCAAAUACCAAAAAUACGCUUGGCUUAUCAAAGAAAAAAAUGGGCUUAUGUCAUUUAAGAGCCUCAGACCUCGUAAAAGAUCACAUUUUACCGAAACUCAAGAUGGAUAGCAUUGGAGCCGUUGCUCGCAUGGACUUAAUGAUUAUACUAUAUGCUAAUAAAUUCGUCAUUCGUUAUAUGAAUAUCGACCAACAAGCUUAUGUUCGAGCGCACAUGCGAUUAUUAGCCAAGCUUUUAAUAGCAAUCACCUCCAUAAAUUCAAAGCUAACCGACUUAAUAGAUGUCUUUAGACCUGUAUAUUGGCCUAUAGUUCUGGAUGCAAUAAAAUUGGUAUCAGAAUACGACGCAAAAACAAAUCGAUUUGCGGUUAUUUAUAAUGCUGAAACAAUUCCGAUUCUACUGAGAAAGUGUAUCAAGAUUUUGAAAAACGAAUUCACUGUGCACGAAGAUAAAGAGAAAUUGGAAUAUUUACUAGGGUUUGAAUCGGUAUUCGAAGAUGAUGUGGAGGUACAAAUUGCAUAUACUGCAAAUAUUGGUCGCAAAGAAUUCAUAAGACACGGCGAAGAGAAAAAGUUACCGGAAACUGAACAUAUUUACACAUUUGAGAAAUUUUUGUCUUAUAAACGCAAUUUAAGUAUGAAACAUUUUGAUUCCGGAAAAAGUGAAUAUGAACAUUAUUUGAAUAUUAUGCAGACUACUGCGGUAAGAAUAUUAAUUUAUAACAGACGGAGACCCGGAGAAGUCAGUAAAACUUUAUUAAAAGAUUAUGCUCAUGCCAAAGCAGCUGAUCCAAGCAGUGAAUUUUUUAAGCGUUUAACUGAAGAGGAACAAAAACAAAGAUUAAAAUAUACUCGCAUUGAUAUCCAAGGAAAAAAGCUGACGGAAAAGGCUCUCUCUACAUUACAGACGAAGAUAAAACUGCUAUCGAACUGCUUUUACGGCGUAGAUAGACAUGUUAAAAUAAGUGAAUUACUAACAAAGUUGAGCAAAGAGUGUUCUCAAACAUUUAAAGAGAUGGAUGACAAAACAAUGAGGGGAAAUCUGCUGCGCCAACAUAUUGCUACGUACAACAGUACGACUAAAGAUGGUGAAAAAAAUCGUACUACUCUUACCGGUCAUUUGGGUCACUCUGAGAAAGUUCAUAAUAAACAUUAUAGAAGAACUAUUGAUGGAGAGGACGUUUUGGUGACCCAAAUUUUAGAUUCUGCUAGUAAAAUGAAUGACAAGGAUAAUACUAGCAAUAUAUCAGAAUUCGACGAAUCAAGUAUAACUUUAAACAGUUCAGUAGUUGACUCGAAUACAAGUGAACUCGAAGCAUCAUUAAAUGCAGUAGAAACAUCUGAACAGGAUUCGACUGCGAAUUCCUCUAUGAAUGUAGAAACUGAUGAUUCUGAAAAACAUUAUGUACCUUUAUCAGAUUUUAGACUAUCAUCUAAGAGAGCAAAGUCAUUCAAAAGUCAGUAUGAGCCUUCACCUAAGAAAGCAAAAUUACACGAAAGUAAAUCUAUGAAUCCACCAAGGAAGAGUCAAUCAAAAAUCAAAAAGUCCAAAGAAUCAAAAAAUUCAUCUAUGAGAGAAAUGAUUUUGCAACGAGACGAACAUGGAUAUGAGGAUGAAAAAACUCAAUUUGAAAAAGCUUUCGAAAUGGCUAUCUGCACAGGCAGAUAUCCUACUGCAACAGAGAUCCGUGAUGCCCAAAAGAAAUACCCGUCACUUGCUGAAAGAAGUGAACAAACGAUUCGGACAAGAUUUUCAAAUCAUUAUAGAAAAAAUGAAGUAAUUAAAAAUUCUAAACCUAAGAAAUACGGUAAAUAUUAA